GGCCGGGGGUAGAGAAGAAUCAGUCUAGGCAGAGAAUAGGCAAACACACAAUAUUUACCUGCUUCCUCUGGAAUACCUCUCCUUCCUUGUCCCAGGAACUGAUGAUCUAUUUUGUACAAGAUUUCUCGCCUCAGAGGUAGAAUUGCGAUUAUUGCUCCAAGGUUGCUGGAGGUUUAAUAAGACUCGCAGGACAAAUGAUGGGCACGAGGAGGCCUAUGAGCCGCAAUCCCCCUGGAAAUGGACGGUACUACGAUUCCCUCGGGAGUAGCAAUGGGAGCGCAAGUGAAAGCGACGACAGUAAUGGCUCCGUGUACAGUCCACGGGCAGACAGCCGCAAUUACCUGCUGAAUGUGAGGCCUGAAAACAGCAGCCGCUACAGCUCCAGCCGUUACUCUCAUUAUACAUCUGGAAGGACCACAUUCUGCAGCAUCAUCUCUCAGCUGACUGAGGAGACCCAGCCAUGUUUUGAGACAACCUUGAAAGCCAGGGCUGUGUCUGAGGGAUGUGACGCUAAGUUUAUCUGCUUGGUUACAGGAUAUCCAGAGCCUGAGAUUACCUGGUAUAAAGACGAUGAAGAGAUGGAUCGAUACUGUGGUUUGCCAAAAUAUGAAAUAAUGCGUACCGGAAAGCGGCACACGUUACAAAUCUACAAAUGUUGUGAAGAAGAUGCUGCAAUUUAUCAAGCAUCCGCUAGAAACAACAAGGGUAUAGUAUCCUGUUCUGGUGUGCUUGAGGUUGGAACGAUGAGUGAGUAUAAAAUCCACCAAAGGUGGUUUGCAAAACUCAAGAGAAAGGCAGAAGCUAAAAUGCGUGAAAUUGAGCAAAGCAGGAGGAUUGUUAAGGAAAACUUAGAGGAAGGAGAAAGGCUACGGGCACUGAGUCCUGAAAGAAUUCAGAGGAAGAGGAGGUUUUCAUCAGAGAAUAAAGAAGACACAUCAUCUUUGUCAUUGGACAAAGAAGAUUUAAUAAAGGUCCACAUUCCAGAUCCAAACUUGAGGCUGCAGGAGGGGACAACAAAUGCCAUGGAGCAACCACACAAUGUGGUCAAUGGCUUUACAGUCUUGGAUACACCACAAACGGCAGAGGUAACUACCAAUGGCUAUGCACUGCCCCAGGAUAUUGAUGACCAAGGUAAAGACUUCCUUGCGUAUGUCUACGAAACAGUGGAAGUCAUAAGCAAGAAGCCAACCUCAAAAGAGGUUUAUGCAAAAAAGAAGAAAAAAGAGGAUGAGCCUUCUUCUAUAACAACUGCUAAUGCAAAGAAAGAGGAAAGUCCAGUUGGAAGCAGCCCUAAGAAAGGUGAGGGAAUCAGUCCUGCUCCAAGAAGAUCACGCUUUGGCAAAGAUGCUGUCAAGGCACCAGGAGAUGACAAAAUAGAAGUACAGCCAGCACCUGUAAUAUCAAACCGAAGGUUUGCAAAUUCAAAUAUAGCUAAUAGGUUUGGCAAAACUAUAGGUAAAGAUUCAAAGAAGCCCAAAGAGGUUGUGGUGUCACCAAGCAAAACAGAAGAUUCUUCUACCUCUAAACAAGGCAACUUACACCCGAAAGAGGAAGUCAACUUUUCUCUGAAAGAUAUGUAUUUUGGUGAUGGCAAUUCACAGCCAAUUUGUGAAGAAAAGGUAUCUGCAACCCAUGAAAGGAAUAGGAAUACUAAGGAAAAUGCCAAGGUUAAUACCCAAGUUUCCAGUACACCUACACAGAAAGGGAGCCUUCCUUCAAAAGUUUCAUCCCCGGUACAAGUAAAAGAACUCCCUAAAGUUGCCCCACGGCGUUCUAAAGAACAGAGAGAUCAGUCUGCUGGGUUUAAACCUUUAACCACCAGUACAAACAAAAAGGCUAAUGUCAUCAGUGCUGCUACCUCCGCAGAAAGUCAGGCUAGACAGAAUGUUGAACCAUCUAGAGACAAGCAAAAAACAACUGUUGACAAAAUGCCAGAAUGCUCAGUUCCUCUAGAAUCAGUUCCACCUCCUGACUUUAUUGUCAAAACAGACCCAUCAGAACUGCUUCCAAUUAUUAGUCCACCUCUUGAAACGCCCACUGUUGUUAAAGAAGAAAAAGCUGCAAUCCUUGGAGAUAAUGAAAAAAAUACUGAUGAAGCAGUGGAGCAAAGUAAGACAACGACAUCCUCAGAAGACCUUCCCGAAGACAAGGUCCGCACAGAGACUAUGCAGAAGUUGCAGCAUUUGGAAAUGGAAUAUAUGGCUUUACAGAAGGCCUAUGCUCUCCUGCAGCAACAACUUGAACUGAGUCAGAAAGAGGAGGCACAAAAAAUCAAAGAAAGGUCUUCAGAACCCACCAUGCAGAAUCAAAGCAGUAGCACUGAAACAAAGUUGGUGGAUAGUCAAGGGAACGCCGAUAAUAAAGAGAAUUCCAUAGUAUGUCCAAGUUCACCAGUGCCUGUAUAUAUGGAGACAGAAGAGUCCAUAAAAUUAGAAGAAGAGCCUAUAGGAGGUCCCCUUUUGCAGGAUAAUCAUGAAGGAGGCACUGACAUGUUUAAAAGUGAAGAACCUUCACUCAGAUCUCCACACUCUCCGUUGAUUUUCAUGGAGUGUAGUCCAGAGGAAGAGUCGGAUAGUAAAGAUGGUCAUGGAACUAAUGUGAACCAUAUGCAUUUAGGUGAAAAAGGUACACCACAGUCUAUAGAGUCUCAAAAGGAAGUUGAUAUUGUAACCCAAGAUGCCUUACAACCUGAUGAACACUUAAACACAGUAAAAUUGCAGGAGAUAUCAUCAGGGAGUAAUGAAACAGAAAUAGUACCAGAUUCAUCUAAAUUACCUAUUGAUGUUGAAAUGAUAGAGGAUGUAAAUCAAGCAGAACAGAUGGUUGAAGUGAAGAAGGAAAAACCAGCAGACAGUGAGAGAUGUGUUCAGUUAACCUUGGAUGGGAAGUCAGUGGAUUCAUCCCCUGAAAUAUCUAAUACAUUGAAAAUACUACAUGUGGAACGUGAAGUGGUAGAACAGAGUUUAGUAAGCCCUAGUGAAGCACAUCAAGAGUUUCAAGAAUUAAGCUGCUCUGAAAAUACCCUAGUUAUUCCAGGUGAACCUAAUCAAUCUGUGGCUACCCUUCUAAGAGAUGUUAAGAAAGCCCUGGAAUCUGGAAUAACCAGUGAUACAGCAUCUUCCUUAGAGACUAGUCCUUCUUCUCCUCUUUCUCCAGAGGUAACACCAUCCACUAAGAUGUGUUUUGAAGUGGAAACUAAGCUACCAUUACCAGAAAAGAAAGAGAAAAUUGAUACUGAAGUUCCAAUACCAGCAGAGGUGAAAGAUUUCCCCAGAAAACCUAAGCUGUCUCCUCAAAGGGAUCUCCCUGCCAAUGAACUUGAUUUUGGUUCACAGCCAGAAAUACAACAAAAAGAAGAUGUUCAAUGUGAUCCCAUGCCAAAGCAGCCAAGCAAGCAGGACCACAGUUUGGUAACUUCUUUAAAGAACACUUUGUGGAAGUUGUUUACGAAAACAGAAGAAGACCACUCCCAGGAUGCCAAAGAUGUAAGCAAAGUUGGCGAUUCUCUGCCAGGGUCUCCUGUAGAGAUGUGUUCACCAGAAGGAAGUUUAAGCCCCCCAAGUUCAAGGAAAAUCUAUGAUUCUACCAAAGAUAAUGACUCCCCUCAGAGUACAGAGAGCAUGCAGUCAAGUUCAACAUCAGGGAAACUGACACCAACUUCAGAAGAAGACAUGAUUCAAAAUGUCGAUUCUUUGCAAACAAGUCCUACUGUCCCCAGAAGGAUUAUUGAGCCCUUCAAAAAGCAUGAAGUUACAGAGGUGGCCAGUGCCCCAAUGAGUCCAAUCAUUCCUAAAAGGAGUUCAAAAGCAAUACAUGUAGAAACAUUAUUGAGCAAAGAAGAAUUACAAUUCAGCCCCUCCACCUCAAGAAAGAUAGCAGCCAGAAUAGCCUCUGAUACUGAUUAUCCUUUGUCUUUAUCUGUGCCCUCUAUUGUGGUUGGUAGCCUACCUGAAGAAAAGACAUUGGGAAGCAUGUUUUUUGAUUUAAACAAAGACAGUAGCCGUAAAUGGAGGUCAUCUGAAAACGUAUCCCUGAUCCCUUCGGCAACUCCGGAGGAACUGGCUUCUGGAGCCCGUCGCAAAAUUUACCUUUCUAUAUCAAAGCUGGAUGAAGCAGAGACAGGCAGUACUGGUUCACUUACUCCUCCUUCUAAAAGAAGUAGCCCAAAUGUAUCGCCUGGACUUUCUAGGAGAAGUAACACUCUACUUGCUUCUCAGUCUCCACCAGCUGAAAGACGGUCCCCAGGUAUGCCACGAAAGAUGGCCAUGUUGGAAGUGCCAAAAAUAUAUGAAGAAACUGAAGAAAAAGGGGAGGCACCUGAUGACAGCUCCCAACAAACCAAAUAUUCAGAAUCGAUAACUAAAGAGGUACCCACCAUAGAAACUAAGAAAGUAAAUGAUCCUUACAAAGCUCCGCAGGUGAUUCGGAAAAUAAGAGCCGAACAAUUCUCUGAUGCAUCUGGAAAUCUAAAACUCUGGUGCCAGUUUUUUAACAUUUUAAGUGACUCGUUCAUAACGUGGAGCAAAGACGAAAUUCCAAUAACAAAAGUGAAAAGAAGUUCUGGUGAGGAAGGUCCUGCAGCUCUUGCCAUAGUGCAGGCCUCUGCUAAGGACUGCGGUGUGUAUCAAUGCACUAUCCAGAAUGAGUAUGGCACAGAUUCAACAGAUUGUCUACUAAGUGCUGAAAUUUUGUCUGGGUUCAUUACCAAAGAGGACGUUGAAGUUGGUGAAGAAAUAGAGAUGACCCCCAUGGUAUUUGCAAAAGGAUUAGCUGAUUCAGGCUACUGGGGAGACAAGUUUUUCGGAAGAAUACUGAUGGACGACGCGUAUGUUGGAGAAGGAUUUCUAAGGAAGGCUUGUCGAGUGAAGGUCAUUUAUGGACUUGAACCAAUGUUUGAGUCAGGAAAAACCUGUAUUAUCAAAAUCAGAAAUCUGAUCACCUUUGGGACCAAGAAUGAAAGCACUUUAGUGGAGAAAAAUUAUGAAAUCACCAUUCAGGAUUGUAAAAUCCAGAACACAACAAGAGAAUACUGCAAGAUAUUUGCAGCUGAAUGCCGAGCAGCCCCUAACUUUGGGCAGCUCCCCGAGGUUUUACCUUUGAACUUAAUUUAUCGACCUGCCAACAAUAUCCCCUAUGCUACCAUAGAGGAGGACCUGGAGGGACGUUUUGAAAAGUACUGUAUCAGAGAUAUUACUGGUAAACUACACGCUAAGAAUAUGUCGGAGAUUGAGCAGAAAUGCUGCGCCUUCCAACACUGGGUGUUCCAGUGGACCAAUGGUAACUUCCUGGUGACUAACCUAGAAGGUGUUGGCUGGAAACUAACCAAUAUCGGCAUAGCCACGAAAACCAAAGGAUUUCAAGGCCUAAAGGAGAGCUGUUGCCCUGAAGUGCUUGAGGAAUUUCUGUCUUUCCAUCAGUGCAGUAGUUAUUGUGAGAUGCUUGGUCUGAAGUCUCUGAAAGCAAAUGAAGGCCUUCAACCACCAACCAAACCUAAGGGUUCCAAAAGUCCAUCUAUGGGAAGAAAAUCUGGGUCAGCUCAAUCCAGUCCCCAGAUUCAGAAAAGGGGGGUGGCGACUUCAAGUCCACAAAGUACCAGAAAAGGUGGAGUCAGCCCUAAAGCCACGCGUAAAUCAACAGAAAUUAGAGACACACAGUCAGCUUCGAAAAAUAAAGGCAGUGAAGGACUGACAACUCUGAAACCACAAUAGCACCUUACCACCGAUCAUUUAUUUUUGUUAUAACUGCCAUACAGAAGUCCAGACUGAACCUUGAUUACUAAUCCACUAAACAAACAACAGACUUUUCAUGUCCUAUAUGCUGCACACGGAAUUGAGACUUGCGUAGGUGAACACUAAGAAAAAAUAUAGGCUGUUGACGGCCUAAUGUUCUAAUGUUCAAAGAAGGUUCAGUGGAGGUUAAUUUAUUCUUGCUGACCACAGUACUAUAUAUGGAAACUUUUGACUUGGAUGAUUUGGGUAUGUUUUCUGGGAAAGAGGAGAAGUUCUAGAUGUAAGGAAAACUAAGGCAUAGCGUAAUGAGAAGUGAACAAAUAUAGUUUUAGCUAUAUUCCAAGGGUUUAGACAGUGGACAAGUUGGUGAUAACCUUGAGAAAACCACAUUGUUGAUAGUAGGGUAGAUGCAUUGGUUUUGAUGCAAUUCUCAGGUUUGUUUGUGGGAGUAGAUGCACCUUUAAGAUAAUAUGGAUAUCUGGCAUGUUACAGAUUAUUCUUCUACAAAUAGGAAAACAUAUUUUACAAUUCACAAAUGAGAUUGAUGGAAGGUCGUAAACUGAAACAUAAACUCUUUGCUUCCAAGUAAUGAAAAAAAUAUUUUGAAACCAAAGUUACAAUGCUGACGAACUUAGGUUGAAAAAAGGAAUCCGAUUGCAUCACCUUUGUUAAUCAUAGUAGUCCAUAAAAGAUUUUGUCAGAAGACCGUUAGAUCUUUUUUUUUUUUUUUUUUUAUAUAGAACCAUUGUUUUUCGUAAAGGAAAACAAAUCACAAAAUAUUCUCUAACCUUAUUCACUGAAUGUAGCACACAUCUAGUCAUUACUUUUGUAAAUAAGUUAUUUACCAGGUAAGGACAUGUUGUCUUCUGGGAAGUACUAGAAAAUAAUGACUUACAUUGCCAGCGUACUUUCCCAGCAAGCUCAACUUGUAUAUUUUAGAGGCAAUAGCUUUCAACUUUUUCAACACUUCUCAGGAGCAUGUAGUCACCUGUGCACCAGCACUUAAGUCACUUUGGUUUUAGCUCGUAACCAGACUAUUUACUGUGUGGACAAGCAUUUUGGUUAAUUUCAGGGUAAAGGUUCCACUAGGAAUGUAGGUGUGUUGACCUUUCGGUCUGUUGGGUUGUUUUUUUAUUGUUGCUUGUGAAUUGUACUGUGAUCUAGUGUGGGCAGCUGCGAAAAUUUAAUCAUGAUGACCAAUUAGCUAUGGUUUCUGCAUAGUAGUUGGUCCAAGACUAUCAUGUAUAAACUAAUCUCUCCACGGAUAAAUGAAAUGGCCAGAACUGCAGGUAGAAUGUUACUGAUUUAGUCAUUAUCAUCAUCAUCAUCAUGCUAUUAUAGUUUUUACUUUGUUUCACAAUGUGCAUGCUAUGGAAAGAAUACACAAAUUAUGUUUUUGUGACCAAGAUCUGACUUUCCAUUCUGUGUAAUGAAAUACGUGUAUACUAACAUGCCCUUCGGAAUCCAACUGAUAUCUCGAUUUCCAUGUUAAUUACUAAAUAUACAGUGGUAACUUUCCCAAAGUUGGUCAUUUGGGUUCUCAAGCUCCAUCUUCCAAAAAAAACAUAGGCAGGUCAGUUGAUGGCUCCAUAAUUUUGAGAAAUUCAUGAUUAGUAGAAAAAUACCUGAGUAGAUCUUGGAAACAUACUUGGUUAUGGCAUAGGGACGAAACAUUAAGGCAUCGGGAGUCCUUUCUACAUCUAACAUGAUGGAAGGACUAACCAACUAAAUCUCUGAAUCCCAUAGAAGCAAUCUAAGAACUAAUAUAUGCAGUCAUUGUAGUCGUUCACGCAACUUACAAAGAAAAUAACACUGUCUAUACUCUUUGAGAAAAAGGACUAUUCACAGACAUUGUCUAUCAGAAAACACGUGAAUAUUGGUGAAAUAUCAGUCUAGUAUAUUAUUAUACUUUGUCAAUAAUGUGGAAAACUGCCUUACUUUUCCUUCUGUAGAAUAAAUGUGUUUAGAACCUAUACAUACAAAAAUGCCUUUUUAAUAGAGGCUUCUUUCCUGGUUAAUGUCACCUAGCAUUAAAAUCUCAGAACAAACAUCAACAUGCAAAGGAAAUAUUUUAGAGACAUUAUAGACAAUUUUCUUUUCAGCAAUUUAUUUGGCAUGAAACAAACAUUUGAGUUCUGUAUGUUCAAACUUGAGAUUUUGAUUUAUAUACUCAGUGUUCCGAUACA